ACGGCGCGACUGCUUUCUCGUCCUCUGCCUCGCUCCCGAGCCAAUACCAUAGCCGGAACCAGAGAGGCGAUCGAUGCCAAACACCAACAAUCUCUUCUCGAAACCCUAGCCUCACUUCACCAUCCUGUCUUCUUCUUCUUCCCCACCUCCACUGCAUCUCCGUAAUGACCUCGGAAGUCGCUUCUUACUCCAUCGACGACAAGGACCUCGACGACGCGACGUUGUGGGCGUUAAUGGACUCCGCGGCCGCCUCUCUCUCCUCCAAACCUCGCAAGCUGCUCCCGAUCAAGCACUCCACUCACCAAUCCCCCACUCCUGUCUCCUACCACUCUCCUCCGGCUCUCACAUUUUCCGCCAAAUGCAACAAGCGAGCACACCACUCGCCUCGCGCGGACUCGGAUUCCAGGGUUCUCAGGGACGGAGAGGUCGUCCAGGAGCCGGUGGACAGCGGUUACAGGCCACUGCCGCCUCCGCAGAAGAUCGCCAGGUCUUGGGGCUACGAAGCGAGCGAGGCCAGUCCCCUGCCGCUGGUGAGGAGUGCACAGCGGACGCCGACGACGCCGAUGCGUUCGUCGCCAGAGGCGUACUUGUCGCCGGAGAUCUCGAGGUCGGCAAUGAGCUCGCCGGGGUACUAUGUGCAGAGCGAGGAGAAGGAGGUCAUGAGGCAUUGCUUGAAUGGGAAGUUUCCUACGGUUUCGCUGUUCAAGGAGUAUCAGAAUGCUGCCAUGGCGAUUCUGGAGAAGACUGACUACACAAUGAUUUCCGGGAACCCAUUUAUAAAGAAGUCGGGUUGGAGAAAAAUAUCAUUCUACUUCAAUCUUUCUUACGAAAUCAGAGAUAAGACUAUUGAAUUUGAUGAGAACAGGAAUGUACAGCGUGCUGAAUUCGUCAUCAGAGCAUACAUGCAGGGUGGUCGAUUUUCUGAUGGUUGGGGCUCAUGCGAGCGGCGAGAGAAGAGAUUUUCAAAACCAAAUCAUGAUAUCCCUAGUACAGCAGAAACUAGAGCCAAAAAUAAGGCCUGCCAGGACUUGCUAGGCAUCGGGGAGUAUCGUCCUGGUGCAAGCCGUGCUCCGUGAAGAGCAACUCUUCUCUUCCUGGCACAGAUAAGGUCCUCGUCAAUUUACCAUAUCCAAUUCUUUGCUCCUUCGGUAGCUCUCACGAUUCUCCGGGACCAGAAUCGUACGUUGCUAGUAACAAAACAGUUGUUCUAGGCACCGGUAGCGAUAAUCAAAUCUUGGAGGGGGAGGCAGAAGAUAUUCGGGAAA